AUGCCACUACGAACCACCUGGGUACAUCAUAAAUGGGCAAUCUUCUACUGUGCUGUAUCAGCCAUCGGAGCCCUCUGCUAUGGAUAUGACAAUACGUACUACAACGGUGUAUUGGCCAUGCAGGAGUUCAAGGAUGAUUACGGAGACGUCCGUGAUGCCACCGGCAGGCUCGCUCUGUCUUCGUCUUUCCAGUCUCUCACAGCUUCCGCUAUUUACAUUGGCGACUUGCUUGGCGCAAUGAUUGCUGCUCCCCUCAAUGAUCGCUACGGCCGAAAGUCCACGUUCUGGCUGGCUUCAUUCUGCAUAUUCAUCGGCGGCAUUUGUCAAGUCGCAGACAUAAUCAGCUCAGAAGCUCUACUUGUGGUCGGACGCAUCUUGAUUGGCCUUGGAGUGGGCCAGUUUACCGUCACUUCAUUGCUGUACAUCGGUGAAGUUGCACCCUUGGGCAUCCGAGGACCAGCACUCAUGUGCUUCCAAUUUCUCCAAUCCUGGUCUCAAUUAUGCGCAUCCGCAAUCAACCAGGGCACCAAGAGCAUCGCAAGCUCUCUGGGAUACCGUAUUCCUAUGGGAGGCCUUGUCAUUCUUCCUCUCAUCAUGGCCGCCCUUCUUCCCUUCAUUCCAGAGAGCCCGCUGUGGUACGUUCUCAAGGGCCGUCGUACAGAGGCCGAGCAAAGUUUUCGCAAGAUCAAUCAGAGCAACCCGAACUACGACCCGUCAGAGGAUAUGGCUACAGCUGAAAAUGCCAAAAAUGUCGAAGAGGAACAUGCCGAAUUUUCUUCAUGGGGAGCCCUGAUAACGGAUCCCAUCGAAAGACGCAAGUUGAUCUACUCGGCUGGAGCCAUGUUCAGUCAGCAGAUCUGCGGCAUUCUGUUCUUCUACGUUUAUGGUGUUGUAUUCGUACAGGCAAUUGGGUUGGGCGACCCUUUUCUCGUUCAACUGAUCACCAACAUUGUUCAAAUCUUCGCCGUAAGCGCCUCUAUAAUCACUGUCAACAAAGUGCGCCGCCGUACCAACCUCAUGAUCACCAACUUGAUGAUGCUGGUGGCCUUCAUCAUUAUCGGCGGCGUGGCGGUCAAGCCGCUUACAUCUUCGACACAAUACGUCAUUGUAGUGUUUUCCUUUGUCGUCGUAGUUGGCUUCAACUUCGGUCUUGGCCCCCUUGCGUACACCGUCGCUCGGGAAAUGGCAGUAGGUCCCAACCAGAACAAGAUCAUGUCCGCGACCAUCCCUGCUGUGAUCCUUUGGGUCAUUAUCGGCGGACCGAUAACAAACUACUUUGUCGACAGAAAAGGCCUUCGAAUCUUUCCUAGCCCCGGAGUUGCCGGUAUCUCAUCCUCUACGCACGUCCGCAUUGGUCCAAACUAUGUUUCCAUCUCAGAUCCUCGCGCUGUCUAUGGUAUUUGCGGCCACGGUGCCAACUUUCUCAAGGAUGCUUGGUACGAUGGAGGCGCCGGAGAGUUCCGUCAUAUGUCGGACAAAAAAAUCAAGACCAAGCAUCAGAGAAAGCGCAAAUUACUUGCUCAUGUCUUUGCACAAAGAUCCUUAUCGGAACAAGAGCCCGUCAUUGCUGAAACGAUUCGCACUUUGAUAUCACAACUCAGAAAGCAUGCGCAAGAUGAGAGACCAGUCAAUAUGCGCCGGUAUUUCAACUACUUCACCAUCGAUGCUUUUUCAACAAUGCUCUUUGGCAGUUCACUCAACUGCUUGAAGCGUAAUAGCGACAUAGUCAACGCCAAAACGCCGGGUGGGAAUCCGGUAAACUUGCCCUUUGGCAAGCUUUUGACAGAAUGCUCGGUCAUGAUGAAUGCCGGCACUGAGACAACCACGGCUGCUCUCACAAACGCUGUAUACCUCAUCUACACCCACCCUAACGUACUCGAGCAACUUCGAGAAGAACUGGACCCCGUCAUUGUGCAGAAUACCGUACCGAGCUACGACGCCAUCGGCUAG